CCCCUAAUGGCGUCAGCUGCCCCUAUAAACCUACGAGCACAAGAUACUCCCUACGUACCCCCUACCAGCCUCCCGACGUCAUCGUCACAGACUGGCAGCACGGCGAGAAUACAAAUAAUCGACGACGAGAAGAAGUUCACUCCUGAUCUUGCUACGCAGAUUGAACGGUGGGGUCUUCGAGAUGCUGGCUUCUCAUACAACAUAGUAGCUGUCUUUGGUUCUCAGUCAACGGGGAAGAGUACACUUUUGAACAGGUUGUUUGGGACCACCUUCGACGUGAUGGACGAAACUAGGCGACAGCAGACAACCAAAGGUAUCUGGAUGUGUCGCGGGAAGGACAUGGGCGUCAUGGUAAUGGACGUCGAGGGAACGGAUGGCCGCGAACGAGGGGAAGACCAGGACUUUGAACGAAAAUCCGCGUUGUUCUCCUUGGCGUCAUCCGAAAUCCUUAUUGUUAACCUCUGGGAGCACCAAGUUGGUCUCUAUCAGGGUGCCAACAUGGGCUUGCUCAAGACGGUAUUUGAGGUAAACCUCGGACUUUUUGGUAAGAAAGCACAAGAUGGGUCUAACGGCCGCACUCUCCUUCUCUUCGUUAUACGCGACCACAUCGGCCAAACACCCCUCGCCAACUUGCAAGCAACUCUCACGGCCGACUUGAACCGCAUUUGGGAAAGCUUGAGCAAGCCCACUGAUCUCAAAGACCGCCUAUUGUCAGAUUAUUUUGACUUGGCAUUCACUGCUCUCCCGCAUAAAAUACUUUCGGCUGACAAAUUCGAGUCGGAGGUCCAAGAGCUUCGCACUCGGUUCGUCGACAAGGAAAGCAGUGACUAUCUCUUCAAGCCUGCUUACCACAAACGCAUUCCUGCGGAUGGAGUGGCGUUUUAUAUGGAAGGCAUAUGGGAACAAGUUCAAACAAAUAAGGAUCUCGACUUGCCCACACAACAGGAACUAUUGGCUCAAUUCCGUUGUGACGAAAUCUCAGCCGUGGCACUGGCCGAAUUCAACGAACAAGCUAAAUCACAAAAGCGACCCGUGGAGGGGGGCCGUGUUGUCGAAGGUCUGGGAGCAAUGAUGAACAACUGGAGAACACAAGCUUUGACGCGCUACGACAGGGAUGCCUCGCGGUAUCACAAAGGUGUGUAUGGCCGCAAACGGGCUGAUCUUGUCGCAGUGCUGGACUCCACACUUUCCCCCCUCUUCCUUGGACAACUCAAGAAUCUCCACAAAUCGUGUCUCGUGACCUUCAAAAAAGAGAUGUUGGAUGGCUUGCAUGGCGAGGAUUAUGACUUUGCGAACGUCUUCAAGAGGGCACGGGAAAAGUCUGAAAGAACUUUCUCCGAAGGUGGAAAAGAGGCGUUGGUGGAGGGCACAGAUUGGAGUUGGGAGGAGGAACUGGAGUUGUUAAGGGAUGAGAUUCGCGCCGUCGCUGAUCAAUGUAGAAAGGAUGAAACAACGAAGAUGAUCAAUUUGAUUGAGCGAAAUCUCAAGAAGCACAUUUCGGAGCCGGUGGAAUUGCAUCUCGGAAAGGCCUCUCCAGACAUGUGGGACGAGAUACUUCGAGUGUUCCGAGACACCUUGGAUAAAGCCGAGAAGACAUAUCUGACGAAGGCAAAAAGCUUCAAUUGCACCGAGGAAGAAAAUACAGCAGCUCUCGACGCCCUUCGCAAGCGUGGAUGGGUUGCCUUGCGGGCGAAGAUUGAUGAACAAACGGCCGACCCUAUUAUACUGGGCAAACUUCGGAAUCAUUUCGAGGAGCGAUUCCGUUACGAUGAACAGGGCGUUCCAAGAGUGUGGAAACCUGAUGAUGACAUUGACAGUGCCUUCAUGAAAGCUAAAGAUCAGACUCUCGACCUCGUGCCGUUAUACUCAAAAAUAUCUCCAAAAGAUACCUCUUUGGAAUUUAAUCUUCCCUCUGAAUCUAACGAUUCAUUUUCGAACGACGAUUUCGACUUGUCGACAUCACCGGUCAUAUUUACGGAGACGAAAUGCCUUGAUCUGACAAAUAAGUUUCGGCGUGAUGCAGAUGCGUACUACGUCGAGGCGAAGCGGAGUACAGUCGCAAGCAUCGCACAGAUUCCGUAUUGGAUUUACGGUGUCCUGGUGGUUCUUGGAUGGAAUGAAGCCAUGCUCGUCCUUUUCAAUCCACUAUAUUUCGCAUUCUUGCUUCUCGCUAUGGCGACAUCGUACAUUAUUGCACAACUCGGCCUGGUGGGACCUCUUUUCCAGGUGACCAGAACGGUCGGAAGUGAAAUCCAAAGACAAGCGACAGCUCGGCUACGCGAGCAUUUUUCGCAGCCGGUGUUGGCUGAACCUGUGCAAGUUGGUCCGAGCCGUGACAGGGAGGAGGUGGGACAGAUACAGUAGACAAUGGGAUGUGUGACGUUAUGUGACAAUGUGACAUUUUAUUGUGCUCUU